AUGGCGCAGGUGGAAAAAGCCGAGUAUGGCAAGCUGUCAGAGACGGGUGAAACCGUCCACAUCUAUACUCUGACGGGAGCACAAGGCCUUGUGGUCAAGAUCAUGGACUAUGGCGCCACGAUCGUUUCUCUGCUAGCGCCCGAUGAAUCCGGGGCCAAGGCCGAUGUAGUUCUUGGUUUUGCCACUCUGGCUGACUGGGAGACGAAGAAUGUCCCUUAUUUUGGGGCCGUGAUCGGCCGCGUGGCCAACCGCAUUGCAAAGGGAGAGAUGGAAGUGGAUGGCAAGACGUAUACCUUGGCUAUCAACAACGGGCCCAACCACCUCCAUGGUGGUCUGCGUGGCUUUGAUAAGCAAGUGUGGCAGAGUGAGAUCGUGGAGAAUGGCGUACGCUUCAGCUUGAUCUCUCCAGACGGCCAGGAAAACUAUCCUGGUGAGUGCAAAGUGCAGGUGACUUACACUGUGUCUGAGGACAACAAGUUGACCCUGAGCUACGAGUUUGAGGUCGACAAGCGUUGCCCAGUCAACAUUACCAAUCACGCCUACUUCAACCUUGCGGGGGCUGCAUCCGGCAGCGUGCGCGACCACAAGCUGACAAUGCCCUCCACACACGUGACCGAGGCCAUUGAGCUCAUCCCCACUGGCAAGCUGUUGCCGGUUGAGAUUGAGCGGGGCUACGAUGUCAACUUUGUUGUGCAGCGUGAGGAUGACAGCGGUUUGUGCCUGGCAGCCGAGUACGUAUCAGCAGCCAUGUCCCCGUUCACGUCCAUGCCAGUCUUUUGCUUUGUGUGGGCGUUCCGCCUACGCCUGCGUGACAACCCUCACAUGGAAUGUGGACGCGGUAUAGCGUGGUUGAUCCCAAAUCGGGACGUGGCUUGCGGUGCUUCACGACUGCCCUACAACCCGUAUCAAGCGUUUUGUUUGGAGACACAGCACUUUCCGGACAGUGUGCAUCGCCCAGAGUUCCCCACGGUGCUGCGCGAAGCCGGUCGCAAGUACACCUCGCAGACCGUCUAUGAGUUUUAUGCCACAAGUAGCGACGCCACUUCGGCCAAAAAGGCCAAAACAAGAACAAGCCUGAGCCAGGAAAGGCGAACGUUAUGCUUGCUUUUCUCCGGGCAUCAAGGUGUCCCAUGCCAAUUGUCAUAUCUGCAGAGGAAGCCCGUGACAGGCGUGUACCUCAAGCCCACAGAUGACGAGCGGACUGGCCAGUGCAUGUCAGCCAAAGCUGGCUGA